AUGCCUAUCGGGAAGCUGAGGAGGAGUAAAGCGAUAUCGUUUCGUGGCCCGGCGUCGCCCUCCUUGAAGUUCAAAAGCUUUGAAACUCUUCAGGGCAAGCCCCUAGGGGAGAUGGGACAGAACGGACACAAGCAGGAAGAGGACAUGGCGGCACAGCGGCCGCAUUUUCCUGCGGAAGCGGGCGCAGAACAAGAAAUGAAAUGUCAUGUCGCCGAGACACCCGCACAGAACUCGCAAGUCCCCUCGACCACCAUGGAAAAUGGUUUCUAUUCCUUUGCAAACAUUUCUGACAACACCACGAAUAAGAACACCAACCGGUACUCCUAUUUGUCGGACAACACUGCAUGCCAGCUGCUUGCGCCAGCAACCGGCACCGACUAUUAUAAGUCGCUAACGCCCACCAUGAAGCCGAUCACGGAAAGACAGAAUCAUGCAGGUACUACCAUGAGCCUGGACACCAUACCGACGGCAGAAAACAUUUCCUUCCAGAUCACGCUCCCGACGGUCCCGCCAUCUGUCAUUUCAUCUCGGUCUUCGCUCAUCAAUCGGCAGCGAAGCUUGUCCAUGCGGUACAGUAGUCCCUCUUCGAUGUCCUCGCUGGGAUCGACGCCCACAAAGCUCACCACAUUGAAGAGGUCCAACGCCAUCCGCUGCAAAGGUGGCCUGUUGCAAUUCUUUUCGCAGUAUGCAGUGAAGACAGGCAAAAAGUUGGUGAAGUGGAAGAUUGCACUUCGAAAGCGGCUGUUCAAGUUCCAGAGGAGGUCGACAAAGAACAAGAAGAACAGCUCACCGACCACUUCGCAUUUGAAGCGUGUGAAUGGAUAUGUUUCGAAUGUGAGAAGAUCGUUCUCCACCCAGUCAAGGCUAGCCCUUGUGCCUGAGAUCGUGCGCCGAACGCCUUCUCGGAGACACUUGACAGCAAACACAGGCAUGAAGGACGCAACACCUGCUUCUCCGAGCAGAACCUCGAUCCGGCGCACGCCGUCUUCAAUCAAGCGUGCGGCCUCGACGCUGAGCUCCAACUACGUAUACCGCGACGGCUCUGACACCUCGUCACAAGCACCCGAACUGAAGAGUACCGGCAGCUCUUUGGCCCCCGCACCCUCACAGAUGGUGAGGUCAACUGCAUUAACAUCGCUGAAUUCAAUAGUAAGACAACCUUCCAUUGUUGUCAACAACAAGGUCAUACCCCUUUCGAGGUUUCCGGGAGAGAAAAUGCAACUUCCUAUCCGAGAGGAGGACGAAGAGGAAGAGGAACCGAGCACUAAAACUGACGACUAUGUCAUUGACACCUCGAAGAGAAUGAGCACAAUUGGGGAGAUACAAGCUAGCAGGAUCAGCUCAUCUUCCGGAAGCAUUAGCAGUCAUUCAUCAAGUAUUCAAUCUUCGCAUUUUGAUGACGCCAGCAAUUCCUGCCCAUUAAAUGAUUCCAUCGAGUCUGAUUCCGAUAUAGAAUGCACGAGGACAGCUUGGAACCAUUUUUUGCGGACGGUGAUUGCCGAGAGAAUUAGGAUGAGAUUACAACUGGCAAAGCUACAGGAGUUGGCGCUUCUGAAGGAUGACUCAUUAGACAUUUUGUAUGCCGUAUUAAGAAAGACACUCGAUGAGCCAGCCGACAAAUCGUCGUCCACAUACGAUCCUGAUAUUAUGCCAGAAAACAAUUCUGAAACUGGCCUGGGGAAUGGGUUUAGAAGUAGCGACCAGCUUUCACGGUUAAAGGAGGGCAGUAGAAAGAGAAACACGAGCAGCUCCACCAUGUUAGCCCUUCCAGAAGCCUUGGCAACGGUAAGAAGGUCUAUCACAAUGCCGGUCGGUUUGAAUUAUAUUUGA